AUGAUGAAAAUGUUACCUUUUUUCCAAAGUGGUCCUAUUGGGAUGCGCAAUGGAUCAGAGGGUUGCAUUGGAGUAAACGGGCAGCUUGAAGACCCUUCAGCAUCAGCAGCGGAACAAGUCCCUGCCUAUCCUGAACCUGCUGGAGGUGAGAUCUGGUCCAGGUUCCAGGAGAAGAUGAGUGAAAGGCCUGAGGCUGCCUGCAGACCCUCACGGGCGUCCUCCAUCACCAGCAACGGGAGCUGCGCCUCUGCCGGGGACAGCCCCGAAAAGGGGAAGAAAGGAAUAAAGGGGAUCCUGGCGAGCGCCCUGAAGAAGAUGAAGAAGACCAAGCCACCCAGUGUCAAGCAAAUCAUGGAUCUCCUUGAAGAGCAGAAGCUUUGCGAGGCCGCCCAGCACCUGAGUGUCCUGGAGAAGAGCGUGUCCAGCAGCGGCAGCGAGGAGGGCCUGAACGCCAGCCCGCAGGACGUCGAGUCGCUCCACGAAGUGCUGAAGCACAAAGUUUUCAGCAUCUUGAAAGACUCCGUACCCCUGGCCAAAACCAACCCCGAGCUGCUGCUGCAGGCCGUGGAGGCGCUGAAGGAGCAGGAGAAAGAGGAUCAGAAUUACACCUCCGUUACACCACUGGACCAAACCACGCAGUUUAGACCUCGGAAAUGGAAAGAGCUUUGGAUGGCUACGGUGGAGGAGUCGGUGGAGACUCGAAUGAGGGACACGAGCCGUACUCCUAGGACUGAGAACCUCUCUACGGUCGGCCAGAACCUCCUGCACAUGGGGAAGACGAUGAAAGAAGAUUUGACGGUAGUUGUAAGGAACAUUAAACAGCUUUAUCCUCCUGAGUUUGAUGUCUUCGGCACAUACGCAGAGCUCUACCACAAUUAUUUUGCCUCCCAGGCGAAGAAAAGUGCCGAGUCUCAUCUGGAGGACAAGGAUAUUUACCUCCUCCUCUCGUGGGUACACAACAUCUAUCCAAAGUAA